AUGAUUCCUUUCCUGUCCACAUAUGACCACAUUCAGACCACUGUAUGGAUUGUGUUCCCACUGGUGUCACUGGUUCUAACCAAUGGGUUGACAGUUUGGCACAUCACAGUAACCACAAAGCGGAGGCAAGGCUUGAAGGGGGGAUCUGAAGGAAAGGAUGUAAUUGACCCUGAAAUAGCUCGGAGGAAAAAGUCUGUAAACCUUCUUGCUAUAAUAUCAAUCUCAUUCCUGGUGCACUGGUUGCCCAAAAUGAUUGUUAAGGUAUUAGAGAGGUUUACUUACCCACCUGUAAACCGAUAUGACUUCUACCACCCUAUUAACGUGGUGAGGAUGCUCUGCAAUAUGCUGAUUGUCCUCAGUUCAUUCAGCAACAUGUGCAUUUACUCACUCACUGUUACAAAGUUCAGAGAAGAGUUAGUUCGAGGAGCCAAAUCUACAUACUUGUUGGUGUGCAAAAAUCCAGACAUAGUAGCAUUAUCUUCCAAACCCACAAAGAUAUUCACUAUCUAA